AGACUCCGUCCAAGUCAAAUUUAUUCCAAAAUGAAGGAGGGCAAAAACAAGUUAUCAUUCGUGAAGUUGUUCCUAGCUAGCUGUUGCUCUUAUUAUUCUUCCGGAAAGCGAUGGUUUCCCAUAACUUUGAUUCUUUGGUCUCAGCCUCUCUUCUUCUAUACGGAGUUUGGCAGGCAACUCUCUGUGUAUAAAUUAGGCAGCGCACAGCUGAAGGAAGGAAGGAAUACAAUCGAUCGAGCUGAUCUAAUUGUUAUUCCGUCCGAUAGAUCGAUCGACUGCUGCUUAAUUCGUCAAUUGGAUUAUUAAGCGAUGGGCAGCCUGCAGGCGAUGCGCAGGGCGAAGCGGGCUCAAGGCCCGGCCACCAUCAUGGCGGUCGGCACCGCCAACCCGCCCAACCUCUACGAGCAGACCUCCUACCCGGACUUCUAUUUCCGCGUCACCAACUCCGACGACAAGCACGAGCUGAAGAACAAAUUCCGUGUUAUCUGUGAGAAGACGAGGGUGAAAAGACGGUACUUGCACUUGACGGAGGAGAUUCUGAAGCAGAGGCCCAAGCUCUGCUCCUACAUGGAGCCGUCCUUCGACGACCGGCAGGACAUCGUGGUGGACGAGAUACCGAAGCUGGCGAAGGAGGCGGCGGAGAAGGCGAUCAAGGAGUGGGGCCGCCCCAAGUCGGAGAUCACCCACUUAGUGUUCUGCUCCAUCAGCGGUAUCGACAUGCCCGGAGCCGACUACCGCCUUGCCAAGCUCCUCGGCCUCCCCCUGUCAGUCAACCGCCUCAUGCUCUACAGCCAGGCCUGCCACAUGGGCGCGCAGAUGCUGCGCAUCGCCAAGGACCUGGCGGAGAACAACCGCGGCGCGCGCGUCCUCGUCGUCUCUUGCGAGAUCACCGUGCUCAGCUUCCGUGGCCCCGACGCGGGCGACUUCGAGGCCUUGGCGUGCCAGGCGGGAUUCGGCGAUGGCGCAGCGGCCGUCGUCGUCGGGGCCGACCCCCUGCCUGGCGUCGAGAGGCCCAUCUACGAGAUUGCGGCGGCGAUGCAGGAGACGGUGCCGGAGAGCGAGAGGGCGGUGGGGGGACACCUGAGGGAAAUCGGCUGGACCUUCCAUUUCUUCAACCAGCUGCCGAAGCUGAUCGCGGAAAACAUCGAGAGCAGCCUGGCGCGGGCGUUCAAGCCGCUGGGGAUAACCGAGUGGAACGACGUGUUUUGGGUGGCGCACCCGGGGAACUGGGGCAUCAUGGACGCCAUAGAGACCAAGCUGGGGCUGAAACAGGGGAAGCUCGCCACGGCGCGCCACGUCUUCAGCGAGUACGGCAACAUGCAGAGCGCCACCGUGUACUUCGUGAUGGACGAGGUGAGGAAGCGGUCGGCGGCGGAGGGGCGGGCCACCACCGGCGAAGGCCUGGAGUGGGGAGUCCUGUUUGGGUUUGGCCCAGGACUCACCAUAGAAACUGUCGUGCUACGCAGUCUACCAAUACCGUAGUCGCGUACGUCUAACCAGCACUCGUGGGGCCCACUCGAUAACCGAGACGGAAGCAGUUUAUUUGUUGACUGUUUUUAGUUGCUUGCCUGCGUGCGCAUGUACACUUUUAUAUUACGACGUUAUUACCGUAAAAUUGGCAAUUGCCGGCCGAUGUUUUCUUCUA